CAUAUUUGUAAGUUGUAAAAUAAUUGAUCUUACAUUUGACCAUGCUUAAAUCGCGUGGUUUGUGAUUUUUUGUAUGGCAUCACUUUUAAUUUUCACUAGUAGAGAUUUUAUCGAUCAUGGUUUUUCUUUCAUAAUAAAACUAGAUUAUUCGACGUCAAGGUUACAUAUCCAGAUCACGGAUGUUAAUGUUAUGGUACAUGGGAGUGCUAUGAACGUUUUAAAUCAUGAUCUCGACAGGGAUCAAAGACGCGUUGGCUUCAACAGCCUCGAUUUGCACGGUUUUACAGUUCUUAGCCGGCGUGUAAGUAAAAAUGCUGGUGUGCAGAAAGAUUAUUAAAAAUGGCACGACAGGAAAUAGUUCAGCUUUGGCAUUUGUAACAUGUUAUACAUCAUGUGUUUUGUGGAUGAGAUAUGGUACGCUUAUCGAAGACCGAUUUAUAUUGGUAGUGAAUAUUUUUGGAACAAUACUUCAAGCAUCAUAUGUUUGCGUGUUCAUUUUAUAUAGCGUAAAAAGAUUAAAAACUGUAAAACAAAUGAUUGCAGCAACUUUGUUCCUUGGAAUUGUAUACUUUUAUAGCUUUUAUGAGGAUGAUCAAGUAAUAGCAGCAAAGUAUGUUGGGUUUUUUAGCUGUACAGUAACAGUAUUAUUUUUUGCAUCUCCUUUAAUAAUGAUGGCACAUGUAAUAAGGGUCAAAAGUACUGAAAGUUUACCAUUUCCCAUUAUAAUGGCUUCUUUGAUAGUUUCUUCUCAAUGGUUUGCAUAUGGUUGCUUAAUUAAUGAUCGUUUCAUACAAAUACCAAACUUUUUGGGCUGUGUUUUAUCUGCAUUUCAACUCUGUUUUUUUGCAAUUUAUCGAAAUGACCAAGUCACGGAGGCUCAUUUAAUUUAAUUACUCUCGAACUACUUGUACACGAAUGUAACAUGAUACAUUUCCUUAAUGUAUUUAUAUGUAUAAUUUAAGAUAAUAUGUCUUGUAUUCUCAAAAAAAUAUAUUUUU